UGAUCAGUUUUACUUUUUGAAGUGAACGAAACAUAAGCAGUGGGGUUUCAGAAUCUUGUAUAUGUUAUCAGUAAAUCUUAAAUUAGCUUUUAUUUUGAUGUUCUUUACAGGCGGAAACAAAAAUUAAGCGGCCCUCUUGUAUUUUCAUCCUUGUUUCUUUCUGGGUGGAGUCUUUUCAGUGAAACACAGUUUGUCCGUUUGGUUAAUGUAAAGUGAGGGACAUUUAAAAAAUAAAGUUAACGAUGAGUGUGAGUUGCAAAGCCGACGGUGUCAGUUCCCCCGACCCCGACAUCGUCUAUAUUUACUGCCCGGAGUACAUCGACACAUGUGACUCGCUGUCUAAGGUGCCUAAAAGGGCAAGUAUGGUACACUCGUUGAUUGAAGCUUAUGGACUACUUAAAUGUAUGAGAGUAGUGAAGCCUCGGAUAGCAACAGUGGAAGAAAUGGCAGCAUUUCAUACUGAUUCCUACCUGGAGCAUCUACACAAAGUCAAUGAGAGAGGUGAUGAGGAUGAUCCAGAAUCAUUAGAGUAUGGACUGGGUUAUGACUGCCCUGCAACAGAAGGCAUUUUUGAUUAUGCUGCUGCUGUAGCAGGGGCCUCUCUAACGGCUGCCCAGCUUUUGACUGAAAGAAAAUGUAGAGUGGCAAUCAACUGGGCAGGAGGUUGGCAUCAUGCGAAAAAAGAUGAAGCUUCUGGGUUUUGCUAUGUCAAUGAUGCUGUCCUUGGAAUAUUGAGAUUGCGGCAAACAUAUGAGAGAGUCUUGUACAUAGACAUGGACUUACAUCAUGGUGAUGGAGUGGAAGAUGCCUUUAGUUUUACUUCUAAAGUGAUGACGGUUUCUCUUCACAAGUUUUCUCCAGGAUUUUUUUCCAGAUCUGUUUGAUUUACAGGGACUGGGGAUUUAUCUGACGCUGGACUUGGAAAGGGAAGAUGGUAUUCAGUGAAUGUUCCUUUGCAAGAUGGAAUUCAGGAUGACAAUUAUUACCACAUUUUCCAAAGUGUCCUACAGGAGGUUCAUGCUGCUUUUAACCCUGAAGCAUUAGUAUUACAGCUAGGUGCAGAUACCAUCGCUGGAGACCCAAUGUGCUGUUUUAAUAUGACACCAGUGGGAGUUGGAAAAUGCCUCCAGUAUGUUCUACAGUGGAACCUUCCAACUCUUUUACUUGGAGGAGGAGGCUAUCACCUUGCCAAUACUGCCCGAUGUUGGAGUUAUCUGACUGGCAUUGUCAUUGGCCAAACACUUUCCUCAGAGAUUCCAGAUCAUGAGUUUUUCACAGAAUAUGGUCCUGAUUAUGUUCUGGAGAUCACCCCAAGCUGUCGACCAGAUCGUAACGAGCCUCAGCAAAUACAGCAGGUCAUUAACAUAAUUAAACGUAACUUAAAAAAUGUGGUUUAAGAGGUAUGCUGGAGUCCAGUUUUCAGAACAGGAUCUCCA